AUGUCAACGCCAACAGCAAGCGGCCCUAAGCAUGGCGACACCAAGGCCAAACGUCUGAUCGUCCCAAAAGCGAAGGUGUCGGUGCCCGUUACGUGCAAGGUGAACCCACGGUGCACUCCGCCGUCGCCUAUCGUUCAACGCCUCGACCCGUAUGCCAAGAAACGAAGAGCAAAAGCCAAACCGCCCAAACGGAUCUAUCUAUCUGCCACGUCAUGCUCACGAGUGGAAAACUUGACAAGGAAGCCGCUGAAAUCGGUCAAACUCUAUCUAUCUGAUGUAGUCGAUGGGCGACCUUGGGUGUCCGUUCACCCGAAGUCAAAAAAGAAAUCUAAGAAGACCCAGAGCGCGGAUCAUUCACAGAAACAUCAGGACGAGCCGAGCGAAAGUUCGAAACGCAGGAGGCUUUCGAUGCACACAAGUCCAGAGCGUCGGUAUGGAAGAGGUCGAAAGGCAUCGAUUGCACCGAGCCUGGCUCCCGUGCUAGAGAACCGCCCGAGUGACGAGGCGCAUGAACAGCAGCAAACUUCUGAUGGCCACGACAACGCUGUGACAGCGAGCAUCCCUGCAGCGGAAAGAACAGUAGGGAGGAGAGCUUCGCUACAAGGCUUACACGGAGAUGCUGAGGCUGUGAGCGCAGGAGAGAGACCACAUUAUUCUCGUCCACGAAAGCAAUCGAAUAACGAAGAGAUCGCUCGAAAACGUUCCGCCACCACGACAGUCACUGAUGAGAAGGAGGACUCCGCGAAGAAACCUCAUCAGCGUAGGAAGCAUCGAGAAUCGGGGAAAGAAAGCGUCGCAGAAUUUCAAGCUCGUACUGGCUUUGUGAAGCGAAACACGAGUACGGGUACAUACUUUGAAACUUCUCAGACAAGUGAAGUCGAUACUAGAACAACAGAGACCCUGAAAAGCGAACACGUGCCGAAGAAGCAGAAGAAGAAACGGAAAAAGAAGAAGGCAGGGAAGAAGGUGUAUAGAUUGGUGGUAGACAAGGAGGAGUGGAGUGAAAGUGACGGGUAA